AUGACCUCUCGAAAUGAUCUUAAUUUAGAACAAAAAAUUAAUUUAAUACGAGAGAGUGAACAUGGUUUGUCCUAUCGAGAAUUAAAGGACAAAUUUCAAAUUUCUAUUGGGGCCGUAUCUAAUAUUCUUAAAAGAAAAAAUGAAUAUGUAAAUGAUUAUGAAUGUAAUCACAAUAAAAAAUUAAAACGCAAGAUGAAGAAUGAUCUUAGUCAAAAAAUCAAUGAUAAUGUGUACGACUGGUUUGUUGCUCAACGAUCAAAAAGAAUUCCAAUAUCUGGCCCUGUUUUACAAGAAUAUGCUAGGAAGAUUGCUACUGAAUUAGGCGAUACAACAGGUUUUAAAGCUAGCAACGGGUGGCUUGAUCGUUUUAGAUCACGUUAUAAUGUUCAAUUUCGAACUACUUCUGGUGAAGCAGCAGCUGUUGAUAGUAAUACAAUUGAAGAUUGGAAAUCACGUUUGCCGGUAAUUCUUGAACAAUAA